UCCGUCCGUUUGUCCGUUUCCUUCCAUCCGCUGCUGGAGAGGGCUCAGCGCUGCCGGGGACAGAGCCGGGCACCGAGGAGCGACAGGACCCGGAGGAGGAGGGAGAGCAAAGGCAGCGAGGGAAGGAGGACCCCGGCAGGCGACAGCAUGAAAUUCAGCCCAGCGCACUACUUGCUGCCUCUCCUGCCAGCGCUGGUCCUCAGCACCAGGACUAUGAAGAUCUAGAAAAGCAGCUGAAAGAAGUCUUUAAGGAGCGAAGCAACAUCCUCCAUCAGCUGACAAAGACAUCAAGAGAACUUGAUGGAAUUAAAGUCAACCUUCAGUCUUUGAAAAACGAUGAGAAAACUUCCAAAACUGAUGUUCAGAAGCUUCUGGAAAUAGGUCAGAGACAAAGAGAACAAAUGAAGUCUCUCCAGGAGGUCCUGCAAAAUCAACUUAAAGAGACAUCUGAGAAAGCAGAAAAACAACAAGCUACUAUUAAUUUUUUAAAGACUGAAAUGGAAAGAAAGAGCAAAAUGAUCCGAGAUCUCCAGAAUGAGAAUAAAAGCUUGAAGAACAAACUCUUGUCAGGAAACAAGCUGUGUGGCAUCCAUGCAGAAGAGUCAAAAAAAAUCCAAGCCCAGCUGAAGGAGCUUCGUUAUGGGAAGAAGGAUUUAUUAUUUAAGGCCCAACAACUUACUGAUCUGGAACGAAAAUUAGCUGUGGCCAAAAUUGAGCUGGAGAAAGCAGCUCUUGACCGGGACUCACAGCUGAAAGCAAUGAAAGAGACCGUCCAUCUCUGCCUGUCAACUGUGUUCCGUAAUCAACCGCCUCCCCCUUUGAGUCUAGCCAGGACAAAUCCAACUCAGAUGUCAGUUCCCCCUGGGACAAUUAACAGUAUGAUUCCCGAUGCAAGGACAAAAAUCAAGCCUCAACAAACCUUUACUGGAAGCAAUGAGAGCUCUCAAAUUGAGACAACAAAGGAAGAAAAUCUGAACACUACCGAGUGCAAUCCUCUAAGUCUUUUACAAGAGGGCAGGACCUGUUCAAUGAAGCACAAAGACAAUCCCCCAACCAAUGCUACAGUAGAGCCAGUGACUACCCCACAGAAAUUGCAAAUCCUUCCUUGUACUGAAUGUGAGGUGAAGAAAAACCCGGAAAAACAAUUGACCAACUUUGAAGGGAGGGCAACUAGAGAAGAAAAAAUACUGUAAAUAUCAAGAAACUGUGUUAAAAACAUCCAUUUAUGAUUGUCUUCAUACUCUUUUUCAACCACAGGCUUGAUGGAAAUACUAAGUUUUUAAAGCAUGCAACUUUUUCACAAUUUUAUGUAACUUUAUAUAGUCUAAAAAUUUUCCAAAAGAUUCCAGGCCAAUGAUGAUCCUUGAGCAAUAACCUAAUUAAAAUGGAUAUCCACAGUCUUAAAUAGUCAUUGUCAUCAGUAAAUUGCCCAGUAUAGACUGCUCAGUUUUGAUCUCAAAUGCAGUAUGACAUUUCAUUCUUCUGGUUCAUUGGCUAUCUAGUAGUUUUAUCGUCUAGUUUUGAAAUUAAUUGGAGGAUGAUAAAACGUUGUGGAUCCUUGGCAUUCUUAGAAUCCAAAUUGCAACCAUAUCAUAAAAAUUUGUCCACAUUGGCCAAUGGGAGUCACUUUCUUUAAGGUUGGAAUCGGUGUCAACCUAUUGUUUAUAUGAGGGUGUUAUUGCUAUACUUCUUGUUAUUUUGAACCAUGUCUAAAUAAUGUCAAGACAAUUCUUUCAGAUUUUUAGUCAGCUAAUAAAAUUUACAACAUGUG